GGCCCCGCCCCCAGCUUUAAUCCACAUUUACUAAUUAAGCGACCCUCUCCCCAUAGAGCUCGGCACAGACCUUCCCAGCUUGCAUCUCGCACUUCAAGAGAUCCCCUCUUCCAGCCAAGAAAGUUCGCUUCCGGGACCCGCGGACGACUGCGGCCUAGUGAGACCCCCACGAGUUAGAAGUUGGCCCUCGUCUGGGUGAAGCGAGGUCGGGCUGGAAUGGACUUCCCUGCGGCCUUUGGCUGGCUCCGCCCCGCCGCCCCGCCGCCUCCCAGUCUCUUGCUCCCGGUGCUGCUGGGAGUUGCAGUUCCGUGAAUCGGUCCCCAUCUUCGCGUCCUCCCAUUAUGCUCUGCGCCUCUUGCCGCCUCCUAGUGGCCCGGGCGGCCACCACGCUUCCCGCCCCACCUAGAGGCCGGGGCCCUGCGCUCCGAUACCAGCGGCGGGAACUACAUUUCCCAGGGCACCCCGAGCCGCCCUCUAGUGACUCCUCGGUGGGCCGGCUGACAAGACAAAGUGUGCCUCUGGGCCGAAGGGUGAUCCUGAGGAGGGGGAGGAUGCCGCCGGCCGUGGGCGGAGGCCUGGCAGGGUCCGAGCUGCGUUCCCGGAGGGGUCGCUGCGGGUCCCAGGCUGCUAGGGUCGUGGGUCGGGACGUGGCUGCUGAGGCUGCAGCACGAAGCCCCAAACGGCCUGUUCGGAGCUCGCGACGCUUCGAGGCGGCGGGCCGGUGGGCCCUGCUAGCCCUGGUGACGCUGGUGUCCUUUGCCACCCGCUUCCACGGCUUGGACCAGCCGGCGCACGUCUGUUGGGAUGAGACUCACUUUGGAAAAAUGGGAAGUUACUAUAUCAACCGCACCUUUUUCUUUGAUGUGCACCCACCUCUGGGAAAGAUGCUGAUUGGUCUUGCUGGCUACCUGAGUGGAUAUGAUGGUACCUUUUUGUUCCAGAAGCCUGGGGACAAAUAUGAGCAUCACCGCUACAUGGGAAUGAGAGGAUUCUGUGCGUUCCUUGGUUCCUGGCUGAUCCCCUUCGCCUACCUCACUGUGUUGGAUCUGUCCAAGUCGUUCCCAGCAGCACUGCUCACUGCCGCCCUUCUCACCUUUGACACAGGAUGCCUCACUCUGUCCCAGUACAUCCUCCUUGACCCCAUCCUGAUGUUCUUCAUCAUGGCUGCCAUGCUGAGCAUGGUCAAGUACAACUCCUGCGCUGACAGGCCUUUCUCUGCCCCCUGGUGGUCCUGGCUCAGCCUGACUGGCAUCAGUCUUGCUGGUGCUUUAGGGGUCAAGUUUGUUGGCCUCUUCAUCAUCCUGCAGGUGGGGUUGAACACCAUUUCAGACCUUUGGCACCUGUUUGGAGACCUCAGUCUUUCGUUGGUAACUGUGGGGAAACACCUGACUGCUCGUAUCCUGUGCCUUAUAGUGCUGCCCCUGGUGCUCUACGUGGCCAUUUUUGCCGUUCACAUCACGGUGCUGAAUAAAAGUGGUCCCGGUGAUGGCUUCUUCAGUUCUGCCUUCCAGGCCCGGCUUUCUGGGAACAACCUUUAUAACGCUUCCAUCCCUGAACACUUGGCCUACGGCUCUGUGGUCACUGUGAAGAACCUCCGGAUGGCCAUCGGCUAUCUGCACUCGCACAGGCACCUGUACCCCGAGGGCGUUGGUGCCCGCCAGCAGCAGGUCACCACCUAUUUGCACAAGGACUACAACAACUUGUGGAUCAUCAAGAAACAUAAUACAAACUCAGCAGAUCCCCUAGACCCUUCAUUCCCAGUGGAGUUUGUGAGACAUGGAGACAUCAUUCGACUGGAACACAAAGAGACUUCUCGAAACUUGCACAGUCACUAUCAUGAGGCCCCCCUGACCCGGAAGCACUAUCAGGUCACUGGCUAUGGCAUAAAUGGGACAGGGGACUCAAAUGAUUUCUGGAGGAUUGAGGUUGUAAACAGAAAAUUUGGGAACCGGAUCAAAGUGCUGAGAAGUCGAAUUCGCCUCAUUCAUCUGGUCACGGGUUGUGUGCUGGGCUCCUCAGGAAAGGUUCUGCCCAAGUGGGGCUGGGAGCAGUUGGAAGUUACCUGCACACCAUAUCUAAAAGACACACUCAGCUCCAUCUGGAAUGUGGAGGACCAUAUCAAUCCCAAAUUGCCAAAUAUCAGCCUGGAUGUGCUGCAGCCCAGUUUUCCUGAGAUACUGCUGGAGUCCCACAUGGUCAUGAUCCGGGGGAACAAUGGCCUUAAGCCCAAGGACAAUGAGUUCACAUCCAAACCCUGGCAUUGGCCCAUCAACUAUCAGGGCCUACGCUUCUCAGGGGCUAAUGACACAGACUUCCGGGUCUAUCUGCUUGGCAACCCGGUGGUCUGGUGGCUCAAUCUGGUGAGCAUUGCCCUCUACCUCCUCUCAGGGAGCAUUGCUGCCAUCGCCAUGCAGAGAGGGGCUCAGCUGCCUGCAGAGGUGGAAGGGCUGACCAAGAUCCUGCUGCGUGGAGGCGGCCAGCUGCUGCUCGGCUGGGUGCUCCAUUACUUCCCGUUCUUCCUGAUGGGCCGCAUUCUCUACUUCCACCACUACUUCCCAGCCAUGCUCUUCUCCAGCAUGCUGACAGGCGUUCUGUGGGACACCCUCCUGCGGCUCUGUGCCUGGGGCUUGGCCUCCUCUUCCCUGGCCAGGGGUGUGCAUGCACUGGGAAUCCUGAGUCUGCUCCUGGGAACUGCCUACAGCUUCUACCUCUUCCACCCUCUGGCCUACGGGAUGGUUGGUCCCCUAGCCCAGGAUCCCGAGAGUCCAAUGGCAGGACUAAGGUGGCUGGAAUCAUGGGACUUUUGAGGCCACUGCAAGGACCCCAGCCUGGAUCCAGGAACUUCCUGGGGACACCAGCUGUGAGUCAGUCCCUGGACCCUUCCAGCUGUGGGAGAGCUGCCUCAGGUGCCUGGAGAUUUCUGCUGCCUACCAGGACCAAGCUCUGGGAGUGAACCUGGAUUUGACCCAACACUAACGAGAGUCACAGCUCUGUCUGCCGCACUACAGAGGACAGAAUCUCUUGAGCCCAGUUCCCCAAGUGUGCAACACAAGGGAGGAUAAGUGUGCAUGAGGGUGGAUUUGAGUGUGGGCGUGUGUGUGUGUGUGUUUGACGCACAAUUGUCCAGAUCCCUAUGGAAUAUGGACCACGUAACUGUGGACAGCUGAGUGUCAUAAACUCUUAAGAAAUAGUCCAGGGCUACCGUAAUAUUUUCUGCUGUUUCACAUGGGUUUGGUUUGGGUUGGGUUUCUAAGAUCCAUUAGAAAGUCUCUGACCUGCAAGAGAACCUCAAAGACUGACCCCUUGGGAUGUCACCAGGGACACGGCAGAUGGGACCAUCGAAGCUGCACUACCCUCCUUCCCACAGUCAGAUGAGUCCAGCUGAGGAGAGAAGUGCCCUGCACUAGGGGCCUGCUCCCUGCUGCUUCCUUGAGUGCCCUCUGUGGCCACAGGGGACUGGACUUCUGCCGCAGUGUGCACACGGGCAGUGGGCUUCAGCCCUGUUCCUCUUUCUCUGGAAUGUCACAGUGAGGUUGAUUGGAAGAACCCCACCCUGUCCUUGGCAGCUCCGUAUCCUUUGGCCCCUGUGCUCCAGGGGCUGUUUCUCAGUCUGUCCCUUUCCUUCUGCAGCUGGCUUGGUCACCAGGACCAGGACAGCUGCUCUCUCCUGAUCACUGGGAGAGCCCUUGGGAACCCUUGGUAACAGCUAAGGGGAUGAAAGGCAGAGCAGGGGUCCGUGGCACCGGCGGGGAUCCCAGGGGAAGGCCAGGGCGUGGGGUGCUCUGGCCCGUGAUGCUCCUGUCCCCGGCUGGGCUUCCUGGUUUUUACCCCUCCAGCCCUCCCUGCUGACCCCCCUCCGGCUCCACUGGCACUUCCCUUUUUCUGUUCACUGCUUCACUAAUCUCCUACUCCCCAGAGACCCAGGACUCCUGGAAAUGCGUGACAACUUCAGCUGCCCAAAUACUUCGACGCACAGCUAAGGAGCUCAAACUGCUCCUUCCACUUCUUCCCUGAGAGGGGUUAGGAAACCUCUGGGUCAGGACCAGACCAACCCAAGGCCAGCCCUUCAGCCCGCCUCCCUCCUCAGUUCAGGACAAAAUGUUCAUUUUGUCUCAGAGGAGGUGGAUGCUUCACGGUUAACGAAGAGUCUGCCACAUCUCAGCUUCCCUCUGCUGUAGCUCCCAACAGCCCUGACAGGGUCAGAGCUCUUUAAAGCAUCUUCAGGAGAUGGUUGCCAGGGAGACUGGAAAUUGGUCUCAGGGACAGGCUGUGCUACCUAUGAGUGGUGGGGAGGCGAGCUUCUGGGCCAUGCGUGGACAUUCAGACCGAGCGUCAUUAGUGUUAAUAGAGGAAGUGCAGCCACGUGGAAAGCAAGGCUAAUUAGAUCUGAGGCCCCAUGACCUCCCUCUCCCACGGCUGCAGCCCUUUCCACUUCCCCUGCAGGAAGGCAGGAAGCGUCUGGGUUGCCUGCUUAAUUGUGUGUCUGGCAGGGGAGAUGGCAGGGUGGAACUCUGGCCCCUGCUCCCUCAGAGGGAGUUGAUUUCUCCUGGGCUGGGUGGGGCACCGUCAGCAUGGGCGCUCUUGGAGGUGUGGAUGCAGGCAUCUGUUUGUGGCCCACCAUGACAUCUAGGAGGUGGCUGAUUUUCCCUCUUGCCCUCUCAUUUCCUAAGAACUUGUUGGAAGGGAAAUAUUUGAAGGCGCCAACCAGGUGACCUGUGAGCAAGGAAAGCGAGGAGGGAACUCAGCCAGCCCUGCCCACCCUCCCUCCUAAUUUGGCCACACUGGGGACCAGAGUUCCCUUGGUCUCUGGCACUGCUUCCUGAGGAUGGAAGAAAAAGGACUCCUUUACCACUCCUCUUUCUCCACACCUAUGCUGGCAAACACUUCUCUGGGGACAAGGCCACGUGGGGUGGCACAGCUGUGAGAGCUCAGGGGCUGUUUGGAAGGUGCUGGGAAGGAGACCCUCAGGGUGCUGCUCUGAAUGUGGGCUGCAGCCUGGGGAGUUGGCAGAAAGGUGACAUGUCUCACAGGCUGCAGGGGGAGGAGGAGACGUUUGUCAGUGAGCCCACCCUGGAGCCAGCAUCUUGAGCCAUGUUUUAUUUAAAAAAAAAAAAAAAAAAAAAAAAAAA